GUGGUUGAGAUGGCACAACUGGAAAAGCUAAAAGCACUUGCCACACAAGCCUGGCGCUGGAGCCCGGAACCCACUGUGGAAGGAGAGAAGUAACGUAUGAAAGCCACCUGUCUCCAUCCGUGGGUCAUGGUGCUCACACACAUGUGCACACACCAGUUUAAAAGACACAGCUGUAACGGUGGGAACAGGCGCUUUUUUAAAAAAAUAUUUAUUUAUUUAUUAUGUAUACAAUAUCCUGUCUGUGUGUAUGUCUGCAGGCCAGAAGAGGGCACCAGACCCCAUUACAGAUGGUUGUGAGCCACCAUGUGGUUGCUGGGAACUGAACUCAGGACCUUGGGAAGAAAAGGCAAUGCUCUUAACCACUGAGCCAUCUCUCCAGCCCUGGAACAGGCACUUCUUAAAGAUGCAUCCUGACUGGUGGUGGUUCAGCAGGGAAAGACUCUGGCAGGCAGGCCCUCCGGCACAGUUCUCUUCUGGGUGCCCACAGUGUGGAAGUGGAGAACCAACUUCCUAAAAGUCCCCUUCACCACACAUCACCAGGGCACCCCCACCCCGUAGAUACGUAAGAUGCAAUAUAAACAAAAGCAGUUGAGGUGAAGUGGCAUUAAUGGAAAAUACAUGCAAACUGGCGAGUUACUGUGCUGGGCGCUUUUCUAGAUGCGACUAGACAGUGGCUACCCAGUGAAGAGUUCAUCUCUGAGACAUUCCAGAAAAGGCAAAGCUGCAGGGAGAGAGAGUCAAGUCUGUGUUUGCCUAGGAGCUGGAUGUGGAAGGAAUUUCCCACCAAGGGGCACACACAAGCCUUCUGAACUAGAGAACCACUUUAAUCUUGCGGGUUGCAGGGGUGGGGUGGGACAGUUCUAGCUGUCUUUAGAACUAGCUUUGUAGAUCAGGCUGGCCUCAAACUCAGAGAUCUGCCAGCCUCUGCCUCCUGAGUGCUGGAAUUAAAGGCACAGCACCAUGCCUGAUGACUAGAGAAUUCCAGCAGAGCUGUGCGCAAAUGACACUCCGUGAACGACUUUAUGAGUGGGAUAGAGGGAAGAGUUCAUGCCACAGGGAGGAAAAUACAUAUGGGUGUUCAUUUAAACACACACACACACACACACACACACACGCACACACACGCACACACACACAGAGAAUGAAAUUCAGCGGAUCAAUAAAGGAAGAUGUUAACUAAUAAGACGGGGUGCAAAGACUCCAAGGUGAAGAGGACACCCAGCCUUGGCUGAGGAAGGGUUUUGCAGGGCUGCGGGGUUGAAGGUCAGUCAGGGGGCGUGGCCUCGGCGCGCUGCUGCUUCUUAGCGGAGGGAGCUGAGGGGUUAUCCCAGGUCCAGGAGUGUGGAGAUCGAGAAUCAGUGAGUAGCUUCUGUGUCCGCUCCCCGAGCCGCUGAGAUUCACAAGGACGUUCAGAACUACUACGGGAAUGUACUGAAGACAUUUGCAGACCUCCAGACUAAUGCUUGUGUCACGCCAGCCACGCUGGUCCCCAAAUACAUCCGGGAAACUCUGAAGAAUGUACACAAAGACGUUACUUCGAGGUAUUAUGGCUGUGGUCUGGUUGUCCCCGAACGCCUGGAAAACUGCCAGAUUCUGGAUCUGGGUUGUGGAAGUGGCAGAGACUGUUAUAUGCUUAGCCAGCUAGUUGGCAAGAAGGGACAUGUCACUGGAAUAGACAUGACUAAGGCCCAGGUGGAAGUAGCUAAAACCUAUCUUGAGUACCACAUGAAGAAAUUUGGUUUCCAGGCACCCAAUGUGACUUUUAUUCAUGGCUGCAUUGAGAAGCUGGCAGAGGCUGGGGCCCAGCAGGAGAGCUACGAUAUUGCUGUAUCCAACUGUGUUAUCAACCUUGUUCCCGACAAAGAGCAAGUGCUCCGGGAGGUGUAUGACACGCUGAAGUACGGUGGGGAACUAUAUUUCAGUGACGUCUAUGCUAACCUUGAAGUGCCGGAAGACAUCAAGUCACACAAGGUUUUAUGGGGCGAAUGCCUGGGAGGCGCUUUGUACUGGAAGGAUCUUGCCAUCAUUGCCCAAAAAAUUGGAUUCUGCCCUCCACGUUUGGUCACUGCCAACCUCAUUACAAUUCAAAACAAGGAGCUGGAAAGUGUUCUUGGGGACUGUCGCUUUGUGUCUGCCACGUUUCGACUCUUCAAACUCCCUAAGACAGGACAAGCUAAAAGAUGCCAAGCUGUUUACAAAGGAGGGAUCACAGGGCAUGAAAAAGAACUAAUCUUCGAUGCAAAUUUCACAUUCAAGCACAUUCCGAGGCUGAGAACGCAGCUCAGUUGGUUGGGCGCUUGCCUGGCAUGCGUGAAGCUGGCAUUUAAUCCACACUGCAUGGAAGCAGCUGCGGUGGCACAUCCUGUCUGUCAUCCUGGCACGUGGAAGGCAGAGGCAGGAGGAUUAGAAGUCCUAGUGUUAAUCCCACCAAUCGAGAAUAAGACCGCCGGCCACAGUUUAAAGCUAAAUUUGAAGCAAGCUUUAAUUAAGUACUGGCCAGGUGGGUGGGCUCUGGUUCUCAGGUUCCUGGAAAAUGGCCGAGAAUCAAGUAUGGCCUGGGCUUUAAGGAAAGCCCGUAGUUGGUUGCAUUUCCCUGCAGGUCCAAUCAGGAUGUAGUGGCGUUUCAAUUGUAUCUUAAUAAAAAUUAAAUUUUCCUGAGGAUCAGAAGAGUAAAACAGCCACACUGGUCAGCCUUAGAGACCAGGCAGCAAUGACACGCCUUUAAUCCCAUUAGCCACACUAGUUUGCCAUAGAAACCAGGCAGUAGUGGUGCACACCCUUAAUCCCAGAGCUGGAAAGGAUUAUAAAAGAGGAGGAGACAGCUCUCAAAUACAGUAUCAUUCGAAGAUUCCUGGAGACAGGAUCACCAUUUUGGACUGAGGUGGAGGUGAGAGCCAGUGGCUGGCUGCUUUGCUUUUCGGAUCUUCAGGUUGAACCCCAAUUUCUCUC